UAGAAGCCCCAACUCAAGUACACACAUGGACAACAUUAUAAUGACUAGUUCAUUUCACAUCCCCAUACUUUUCUUCUCCAUUCCAUAAAUAUGAAAACAAACAUAACAGAGAAAGCUUGAAGCUGAGGUAACCGAGGAUGCUUGCAGCGUUUGAAAAUGCAGGAGUUGGCGGCAACGUUGGGAAGUGUUACAAGACAGCGGGAUCUCUGGUGUUGCUGGCGAAGCAAUGUCGGUCGACGAAGACGGUCCAACAGGUUCAUACCCAAAUGGUGGUGAACUCCAUUCACAACCACCACAACCACCUUCUCUCCAAAGCCAUACAAGUGAAAAACUUCACCUACGCUUCUCUUAUCUUCUCCCACAUGGCUCCCCACCCCGACGAAUACGCCUUCAACAUCAUGAUCCGCGCUCUCACCACAACCUGGCACGACUACCCUCUCGCUCUCACCCUCUUCUACCGCAUGAAGUCCCUAUCCGUCACCCCCAACAACUUCACCUUCCCCUUCUUCUUCCUCUCCUGCGCCAACCUCGCUGAAAUUUCCCACGCCCGUGUUGCCCAUUCCCUCCUCUUCAAGCUCGGCCUUCACUCAGACCCCCACUCCGCUCACUCCCUCAUAACCGCCUACGCGCGGUGUGGCCGCCCCGCAUGUUCGCGGAAGGUGUUUGAUGAAAUUCCCCAGAGGGACUUGGUGUCCUGGAACUCCAUGAUUGCUGGGUAUGCCAAGGCGGGCUGUGCCAGGGAGGCUGUGGAGGUGUUUGGGGAGAUGGGGAGGCGGGACGGGUUUGAGCCGGAUGAGAUGAGUCUGGUGAGUGUGCUUGGGGCUUGUGGGGAGCUGGGGGAUUUGGAGUUGGGGAGGUGGGUGGAGGGGUUUGUUGUGGAACGUAGCAUGGCUCUUAACUCGUUUUUAGGUUCUGCUUUGAUUAGUAUGUAUGCUAAGUGUGGGGAUUUGGGGUCUGCGAGAAGGAUCUUUGAUAGCAUGGCCACCAGAGAUGUUAUCACGUGGAAUGCUGUUAUAUCAGGAUAUGCUCAGAAUGGAAUGGCGGAUGAAGCGAUCUCUUUAUUCCAUGCCAUGAAGGACGACAGUGUUAAGGCAAAUAAAAUUACCCUGACUGCAGUACUUUCUGCAUGUGCAACCAUUGGCGCUCUCGAUUUGGGGAAACAGAUUGAUGAAUAUGCAUCACAAAGAGGAUUUCAACAUGAUAUUUUUGUUGCUACUGCGUUGAUUGAUAUGUAUGCUAAGUGUGGGAGUUUGGAAAGUGCGCAAAGAGUUUUCAAAGAAAUGCCCCAAAAGAAUGAAGUUUCUUGGAAUGCAAUGAUCUCCGCACUUGCUUCUCAUGGAAAAGCCAAGGAGGCACUAUCACUAUUUCAGCGCAUGUCAGAUGAGGGUGGAGGUGCCCGCCCUGAUGACAUAACAUUUGUGGGGUUGCUUUCUGCUUGUGUGCAUGCUGGCCUGGUAGCUGAGGGCCAUAGAUUGUUUGAUAUGAUGAGCACAUUGUUCAGAUUGGUACCAAAAAUUGAGCACUAUUCUUGUAUGGUUGAUCUUUUGGCACGUGCGGGUCGUUUAUACGAGGCAUGGGAUCUAAUUGAGGAAAUGCCUGAAAAGCCAGACAAAGUUACACUAGGUGCUUUGCUUGGUGCCUGUCGAAGGAAUAAAAAUGUAGAUAUAGGGGAACGGGUUAUGCGGAUGAUUCUGGAGGUGGAUCCUUCAAAUUCUGGGAACUAUAUUAUCUCAUCAAAAAUUUAUGCAAAUCUGAACAUGUGGGAAGAUUCUGCAAGGAUGAGAUUGUUGAUGAGACAGAAAGGUAUUACUAAAACUCCUGGUUGUAGCUGGAUUGAAAUUGAGAAUCAGUUGUAUGAAUUUCAUGCAGGUGAUGGUUUAUGCCUUGACUCUAUAGAUAUAAGUAACAUAAUUUAUUUGCUCUAUGAAGAACUCAAAAGGGAAGGGUAUCUCCCAAAAGUUGUUGAAUAGCUUUUUGAGUCGUGCAGAGCUAAGUUUUGUUUUACUGGAAGUUACCAGAGCUAGGAAAAUUGGGUCAAGUGGUAGUCAGCUCAAUUUUAGAUAUUCAUGAUUAUUGGAUUGGGCUCAUCAGAUAAGAGAUCAGACAAGGCAGUUCAGUUAAUUUACAGUGAACCUUAUUUGUUGUUCUGCUGUGUUGUAUUCUUUUGUAGACGAAACUCCACAUAGAUCAUUUAAAGAGGAUGACAUUUGGGCAUUUGUAUCAGCUUGAAUGCCGUACAGAAAUGAAAAGGAGAUUCUCAUGAAAACAUGUGCUGCACUGCUGUUGCCUUUUGUAGUAUCCAUCGGCAUCUCUGCUCCAAGUUUUGACACUCUUGAGAAAUUUUUCACUUUUUUUAUUUGAGGAAAUAAGAAAACAGAUUUUUCUUCUGAAGAACAAGACUCUGCAUCGAUCAGGCAAGCAUUUGGGGUCAGUGGGAUCCAACAACUGAUCUUUCUUUUAGGGAAGCAACAGUAAAUCUUCUAUAUAUUAUAUCAGCAAGAACAUACAAGAGUAUUUGAAAAUUUUGGUACUCCCUAUUUAUAUUUGAUAUUGCACAAUGGAGGUUUAGUUAGGCAUAAUAUAUGAUGACAAAA